AUCACUUCCUGAAGCAGAGUCCCGUAUGUUUUCAAACGGAGGUCUGUUGGAACUGGAUGGUCAUCUUACAGAUUUCCAACGAUAUUCAGGUCCACUAUGUCCAAUGAAGACUUAAUUUCAGUGGAUUAUGAAAUUUUUGGCAGAGUCCAGGGUGUAUUUUUUCGGAAAUACACUCAAGCAGAGGGGAAGAAGCUUGGCCUGGUUGGAUGGGUCCAAAACACAGGUGCAGGAACUGUUCUGGGGCAGCUACAAGGGCCACGCAACAAGGUGAAAGAAAUGCAAGAAUGGUUGAAAUCCACUGGGAGCCCCAAGUCUCAAAUAACCAAGGCGGAGUUCAAGAAUGAGAAAAUAGUUGACAGCCUAGAACACUCAUCUUUUAACAUAGUAAAAUAAAUGAACCCAUAUAUUGUGCCUGUAAAAUUAACUUUAAAGCAGAUGUGUUAUUUAUUUAGUAUUUUCAUUUUUAGGAAGGCAACACAUGAGUUGAAAAUGUGUGUGUAAGUUAGGUCUCCUUAACAUGUACAACACAUGUAAUUACAUUAAUAAAUGGAAACUCUCUCUCAGUGGG